AUGACGACAAGGGGAGACGAUUGCUCGAAUUGGACUGAAGUCCGGCGGAGAAAGAAACAUACGGAUGCAAGAACACUCAAUGAAAUCACAUACUUUGUCAGUAAUGUCCCAGGCGACGUUAACAGGGAGGAGAUAAGGAAAGAAUUUCUUAGGUUUGGCAAGGUAUCAGACGUGUACUUUCCAGGAAGAAAGGGGAAGAACGGGCAGUUUUAUCUCUUCAUCAGGUUCAUGGAUGUGGUAGAUAAACUUGCCCUAGAAAGGCAGAUUGAUGGUACAAUGCACAGGGGGAGGAAACUAUCGAUCAAUCUGGAAAAGCACCCUCGAGAAACUAUGGCCUCUAAAAUCGUACAUAAUAGAAGAGAACAUGGAGCAUACAAAGGGAAUAAAACUCAUAACUUCCGGGAUACUAGAACCUUUGCAGAGGUCACUUGCCCUAGAACAAAGCAUCAACCCUAA